AGACAAGUAAUUCCCAUGGAAUCGGACGAGGCCCAAGGAACGAUUCCAUUCCAGCUCCAGUUCGACAAACCAAUUGCUUCUCAGGUACUCUCUCUCUCUCUCUCUCCCUCUCUCUCUUCUCGUUCUCACUUCAAAUCUCGACCAUUGAAACAGGUCAAGAUCUCCGAAUGGAAUCCCGAGAAAGAUCUGCUGGCCAUGGUCACUGAAGACUCGAAGAUCCUCUUGCAUCGCUUCAAUUGGCAGAGGCUAUGGACAGUCUCUCCUGGGAGAUGCAUAACAUCCCUCUGUUGGCGCCCUGAUGGUAAAGCAAUAGCUGUUGGACUGGAAGAUGGGACCAUCUCGUUGCAUGAUGUCGAAAAUGGUAAGCUGUUGAGAAGCAUUAAGUCCCACCACAUGGCUGUUGUUUGUCUCAGUUGGGUGGAGGAUGGACAACCAAUAGGCGAUGAGAGUGAGAACUUCUUAACAUAUGAAGACCGCACAGCCCGUUUCUUCCCUCCUGCUCCAAGGGUUCCUCGGAUGCCUGGACUGGGUGCUGGGGAUACUGGAUUCAUGGAUGACAAUGAUGAUUCAUUUCAAGUAUCAAAUUCUUCGCAUCAACGUUUUAACAUCCUUUGCAGUGGAGAUAAGGAUGGCAGCAUUUGCUUUACUAUAUUUGGGAUUUUCCCAAUAGGAAAAAUUAAUAUACACGAAGUCUCUAUUCAUACUCCAUCUUUGGAGAAAGAAACUACAUAUCGUCUUCAAAAUGCUUCUAUAUGCAAGGUGGCUUUGUCAAAGAAUCUCUGUGAAUUGGUCGUUCUUUGCUUUGGGGAACUGGUUCAAGACAAGGUCGACCUGAAAGACAAAUGCACUUAUAAACAUGAUUCUUCAGUUGGACUGCAUUCUGUACUUCUCAGUACCUCCAUAUUUCGGAACAGGAAAAAUGAGCUCCAUCAGGUGGCUCAACAAGCUUCAAAUAUAGAGGAUCUAAUUGAGGUUGUCCGGGCUUCACUACCACUGAUGCAUAAGCAAUGGUCUGAUGCUAUGCACACAUUUCAUGAGAAGUUUGACUCUCUGUCUCCUUUGAUUAAUGACCAUGGACUUGACUCUACUUCUCAAGAGGAGUUCCUCAGCCUUUUAGGUGGUGCUCGGACAAGUCCACCAAUCCAUCAGUUUCUAGUCAGCUCUCUUGGUGAAGUGGGACUGAAGCGGGUGGCAAAGGCUGUAGACAGUGCUGGAAAAGAACUUCAUCUUAUCAUCCGUGAGCAUCUCCAGCCUGCUACGGAAAUUAUUGGAUUUAGAAUUGGAGAACUGAAAGGCCUCUCAAGAUGGCGCGCACGCUAUCAGAGCAUUGGACUGGACGAAAAUCUUAUACAUAAUGCUACGGAAAAAGCUGGAAUGUUGCUCGUGCAGGUUGAACGGUUUCUAAGGGUGCUAGCAGGUGUAACAUAUCAGUUCCAGAAUUUCUUUGCUUGGCUUACAAGAUGUGUAAAGGUUCUAAUGUCUGAACCAAUUGAUCAGCUACCUGUGUUCAAUAGUGAACUUGUAGUUAUAUUCUUGAAGUUUCUUUACGAACAUGAUCCUGUCAGGCAGUUAUUGGAAAACUCUGAAGCAAAUCAGAAUAUUGAAAUAGAUUUAGAUACAGCCCAAAGGGUUGAAGAACUUGUUAGAUUUGGAGGCUUCUUGGAUACUGAAUACCUGCGAAGAACUUUAGCCAAGGAAUUUGAGCAGAUGGAAUAUAGUUUCAAGGAGGCUUUCUCAAUGCCCUUUACAACUAUUUCCAAAAGGAUACACUGUGAAGAUUUGCUGCCUUUGUAUCCUUUUUCGUCAUCACCAAUAUAUUCUCCCUUGCACGUUCCUACAUCAGUGUCAUUCUAUGAGGAUGUCUUGACGGAUGCUUCUACUUACCAUGCGCCUGGACAUAGCCUUGUGGACUACAUUUGUUUCAGAAUACCCAAUGAUUCUUCCUCAGAUACGUCAAGUAGCAUAGGCAUAGUGAGGGGGUUUAUGCAUGAUUCAAGUUGUAUUGAGAAGGGAAAAACUUCUUUGGAGGCUGUACUAAUAUGUAUUCCUGAUGGAUACCAGUGUGUGGACCUAGCCUUAUAUAAGGAAAGGCAGAUUGUUUUAUUACUAGAUGAAACAACUAUGGCUUUUGAAAGCCCUGGGAAGGCUUGGUUGAUGAUCGUGCAGACAAGUAACCUCCCCUUUGUGUCUAUUUCAAGAUCAUCUAGUCCAAACCUUUGGAAGUUGCAUGAACUAAAGGGUUCUACUGUGAAUUUGCGCAUGGAGGAUGGCAAAGUCCGCUGCAUUCCUCACUCUGUGACAUCCCCAUUAGCCGUUAGUGCCUCUAGAGGCGUUGCCUGUGUCUUUGCGUCGCGAAGGCGGGCCCUGGUAUACAUACUAGAGGAAGACGAAGAUGAAGAUGAAGUUUCUGAUGCGGAAUGACUGUCUCGAGGCUUACUUUCAGAUAAUGCAAAAAGGAGAUCGCCGCUGCGUCUCUGUGCAUUUUAUUCCUUCAUGCAAAUCGGUGUCAGGUUCAAUAUCACCGACCAUGAAUAUUUCCAUUGGCAGAUCCAAUGCAAAUUGCAGAAUUACAGCAUGCAUCCAACAAGAUAUGAAACAUUGUUCAGUGGCCAGGAUUAAAGGAGCGGCUGCCAAAUAUGGAAUGGUUGAUGCUGCCUUUGUUGAAGUGCUCAUUUAAAUUUUUAGAGAGGGCAACGGGAUAGUGGAUGGACUAGCCACUUAGGGAGCUAAUCAUGAUUGAGAAAGAAAAGGUAUGCUUUUUUUAUAUUCCUUUUUAUUAUUGUAUUGCAGGUUCCGUUGUCCCACAUUGGUUGUUUGUAGAAAGUGAUGCAAAGACUCCAAUCCAUCAAGGGAGUUAAGGUCCAUUUUUGCUGCAUUGCAUUCAGGUGUCUUGUUGUUAUACAGAGAGCCUGAUUACCUACAAGCAUUUGUAGGUUAACAUAUGACUCAUUUUACUAGCAUUUUACCUUUGAAUAUAUAUA